AUGAAUGGACUCGGCGUCGGCGGUUCCCAGAGCCCCGACCUAGUUAACGCCGCCAACGCCCUUCUCUACGCAUUCAUGACCAUCACCUGCUUUGCUGGCCCUUGGAUAACAAAUGCCAUUGGCUUCCGUUGGACCCUCUCUCUAGGUUCAAUAGGCUAUCCACUUUACCCCGCUGGUCUAUAUCUGAACAAUCGAACUGGUGCUACGUGGCUUGUCUAUCUCGGCUCUGUCACAUGCGGUAUUAGUGCUGGUUUCUUCUGGAGUGUUGAAGGGGCCGUCGCGACAGGGUAUCCAGAGCAACACAAGCGGGGUCGCUACAUUGCUACAUGGUUUACAUUCCGCAACUUUGGCAAUAUUAUCGGGGGCGCUGUUGCCCUUGGGAUCAACCAUAAAGUCAAUCAGCGUGGACAAGUCGGCUACCAAACCUAUCUUGCUUUCAUCGCGAUUCAAUGCUUGGGUUUAUUCAUUGGUCUACUCCUUUCAAACCCUGACAAGGUCCAACGAGAUGAUCAUACUAAAAUCGAAGCACCUCGCAAUAUCCAUUGGCGGGAUGAGAUGAAAGCAAUGUGGCGACUGGGUACUAGCAAGUCAAUUCUUCUCCUGGUUCCAUUAUUCUGGUACUUUGGGUGGAUUCAGGCAUAUCCUGGUACAUAUCUGGCGACCUAUUUCACAGUGAGGUCGCGAUCACUGGGAAGCUUCAUGAAUGCCGUAGUAGGCACGUUCGCGACGUGGCUUGGCGGCUCACUUGUUGACCUGCCAUGGCACAAGAGCCGCAAAGUACGAGCUAUUACCACCUUUAUUCUGAUUGCGGUGCUUAACAGUGCAACCUGGAUCUGGGCAGUUAUCAUUCAGAAUGAGUACAGGCGCACUAAGCCUGUCUUAGAUUGGUCCGACCAACGUGCAUUCGGUCGCGGAUUCGGUCUCUUCCUGUUUGAACGCAUUAGUCUGGGUAUAGUCGAGAACUAUAUAUACUGGUGCAUUGGAAAUCUUUCGGACUCUCCUGGUGACCAGAUUCGAUAUAGUUCGUUGUUACGGGGCAUCGAGACGGCUGGAGUGGCUGUAGGAUUUGGUGUGCAAGCUGUGCCCACGGCAUUAAUCAUCACUGCUGGUAUCAAUUUCGGCUUAUGGUUCCUGGCAUUGCCUUUCAGUUUUUAUGCAACAUUGCAGGUGGUGCGAAAGUUUGAACUGCUAAAGCAUGAGAAUCAGAAUGCGCGUGUUUCAGAACGAUAG